UCACGGUAGACACUAACACGCAGAAACCUGGGACCAGGGACCUCGGCAACUAAGGUAAUUUUCAUGAUGCUGAGGUACUUGCUUGUGUCAUGUGUUCUGGUCCAAGUGAUAGCCUACGUCACUUCGGCUUCAGUUAAAGCCAAAUGUGGAAAGUACAACCAUGGCGAUACCUGGAACCACGAUACCCUUACCUGUCUGAGCUACAGGUGUAGGGACGGUACUAUCUACCCCAAAUAUACAGGUUGCGUCAAGGAUGACAAGUGUUACGAUGUUAACCAGAAGUGGAAGAAAGACUGCAGCAACUUUCAGUGUGUCUCGUACACACAUGGAAACAUGACCGUCUUCGAAACAAAACUCGACAUGCAGUGUACAGUGAAUACGAAAGGUAAAAACAAGUGCAAGCCUAACGGAUCAGAGUGGAAAGAGGGAUGUGACUUCAAGCGCUGUGACGUUACUACCAGUCAAAGUGCCCAGACUGCCAAAAUGCAGUAUUCCGCACAAGUGAUUAACGUCAAACAAGGAUGUCAAGUUGGUAAGAAGUGUUACUACAACGGAGAUAAUUGGUUUCAGAAGUGUGUCUGGUACACGUGUAAAGUGACGUCUCUCUUCGCCAAGGCUGUCGGCGUCCCAGGCUGCACCAACAAGAAGAAGUGCUUCAAGGUCGGAACGUUUAGAUCGUACAAAAACAAGAAUGGUUGCUACAAGUAUUUGUGUAAACAGACUAAUGAAGAAGUUGGCUGGAAACUCAUCUCUGCUGGUUGUAAUGAUAAAGGACAGUGCAGAGACAACAAAUCUACCUGGAGGGAUAAAGACGGCAAUUGUAUGGAAAAGAAAUGUGUUAGUAUCGUUGAGAACGGCAAUCAGAAACUGUCCAUAGAGGAAAAGCCGUACGGCUGUAAGGAUGGGAAGAUCUGUCGGGACUUUGGAAAGACCUGGAUGGAUAGUGGUUGUUCCCUGCACAAGUGCAGACUCAGCUACGGUGCAGCCUUCAACGAUGUACUAAGGACUGUUUGCAAAGACAAGACAGGAGUGUGCAAGGACUGGAACUCAGGGGCAUUUGAGGGCCUUGUCAAGAAAGGCAAUAAGAAAGCCUAUUUCAAGAACUGUAAAUGUCAGAAGGAUGGCGAGAACGGGUCAGUGAUGACGUGUACAGACGCCGCACCGUAAUAAGGAUUCACUAUACAACUUGACUUAUUUGUUCCUAUAUUUAUUUACUGUCCCCCUGGAGAUGUACAAUGACAUCACACUUGUUAAGUAUUAAUACAGUAAAAUGAUUACUUUAUUUUGAAAGCUAAUGGAAUACGUACUACGUUAACAAGUACUGUCGCAUUGUGAAAUCCUGUGAAUGAUGGGCACUUUAUUUCCCGGUAUAAAAGCCGCGUUGGCCAUGAACACCUUCUGUAUAUUUUCCCGCUGAUCUUGUGUUGUCCUGUCGUUAUGUUGUCUUAAUUAAAUUAUU